CUCUCUCCUCACCUCAGUACACAGUUAGCUGCCUGAGCAACAUGAGAACAGCUGCAUCUACUGUAUCAUCUGACCAUCAGACACCUGUCAGGAAGAAAGGAGGAGGCUGGAUCACUCUGCCGUUUCUUGCAGGGAGCGUGAUAGGUCUGGGGAUGGCCAUGAGCGCCACGAGCAGCAACCUCAUCGUCUACCUCAUCAGGAAGUACAACGUCAAGAGCAUCGACGCCGCCCAGAUCUCCAACAUCGUCCGCGGCUGCAUGCAGCUCGCGCCCGUCAUCGGCGCCGCCGUCUCCGACGCCUACUUCGGCUGCUACCCCGUCGUCGCAGCCGGCGUCGCCAUCUCUCUGCUUUCAUUUGUGGUUUUCACGCUGACGGCCGCGUUCCCGUCGCUGCGUCCGCCGGCGUGCGCGCCGGGCGCCGCCGCGUCGUCGUCGCCACCAUCAUGCCAACCGCCGAGCGCCAUCCAAGCAGCGGUCCUCUACGCGGCGGUGUGCCUCCUGGCCGUCGGCAACGGCGGGACGCGGUACAACGCGGCGGCGCUGGGCGCGGACCAGUUCGUCGGCGGCGAGGAGGAGCGGCGGCGCGGCCGGGACGCCUCCUUCUUCAGCUGGUACUUCGUCUGCCUCUACGCCUCCUACGUGGCCGGCGACACCGCGCUCGUGUACGUGCAGGACAGCGUCAGCUGGGCCCUGGGCUUCGGCGUCUGUGUUGUCACGACUGGACUGGGCCUCAUCGCGUUGCUUGCCGGGUCGAGAUAUUACAGACGGCCCGUUCAGAAAGGGAGCCCGUUUACGGCCCUGGCGAGGGUGGUGGUGGCCGCUGCGAGGAAGGCAACGCUGAGCUCGACCUCACUUGCGAGAAUGCAGUAUCACCAUGGAUCAAGUCGUCACUCUGACGCGACCACUCAAACACAAUAUCAUGCUCCAAGCCAGAGAUUCAGGUUCUUGAACCGAGCUGCGAUGGUUGCGGAAGGUGAGGUGUCCGUAGGCAAGCCAUGGCGCCUGUGCACGGUGCGAGAGGUGGAGGACUUGAAAUCGCUCCUCCGCGUGCUGCCGCUGUGGUCGUCGGGGAUCCUGGUGAGCACGACGGUGAACGCGCAGGUGAGCCUCACCGUCCUCCAGGCCCUCACCAUGGACCGCGCCCUCGGGCCCCGCUUCGCCGUCCCGGCCGCCUCCAUGACCGUCACCGUGCUGAUCGCCUUCGUCCUCUCCGCCGCGCUCUACGACCGCCUCGUCGCCCCGCUCUGGGAGAGGCUCGCCGGCGGCCGCAAGCCGACCCCGCUCCAACGCGUCGGCCUCGGGCACGCCCUGAACGUCGCCAGCAUGGCCGUCGCCGCGCUCGUGGAGCGGAGACGGAUCCGCGUGGCGCACGCCCAUGGCUCAGCAGCCACCGUGCCGAUGUCGGCGCUGUGGCUGGUGGCGCAGCUGGCGCUGACCGGCGCGGAGGAGGCGCUGCACCUGCCGGGGAACACGGCGCUGUUCUACCAGGAGUUCCCGGCGACGCUGCGGAGCACGGCGACCGCGAUGCCGCCUCUGUUCAUCGCCGUCGGGUCGUACCUGAGCACGGCGUUCGUGGAUGCCGUGCGGCGCGCCACGGGGUGGCUGCCCGACGACCUGAACCGGUCGCGCCUGGACAUGGUGUACUGGACGCUGGCCUUGGUCGCCGCCGUGAACUUGGGCUACUUCCUUGUGUGCGCGAUCACGUACCAGUACAAGAAUGUCGUCGACGGCGACGGAAAGGACAAUCAGAUAAUGGACGAGAAGUAAAACUUCGACCGGAAUCCAAGUUGGCUGCUAAAAUGUAUCAGUACUGUGCGCGCAUGUUAACUUUGAAGUUAGGGUACGUUUAGUAGAGCUUAUCUUAUUCUGAUUCUCUACUAGAGUUGAUUCUCUGAGAGAAAUGAUUCUGUGGUUGAAAAUACUUCUCGAGAAUCACUUCGCAAAAUCAGAAAAAGCUAUUUUUUUUCA